AUGGAUUUUAAUGAUCCAAAAACAAUGAUUGAAAAACUUCGAGAUAUAAUGAUGGCAAAUUUAAUUGGAUUUGCUACGUUGCCACACUUAGCCAUACCGCACAUGAUUUCUAAUAAACGAGGAGAAUUCAAAUCAAUAAUAGAAUGUCGUGGGCGUAUCGCAGCAGUUAACUCAUAUUUCAUUUCAUUGAAUGAAGAAUUAGAAUAUCAAGAAUUAAAAAAUCAAAUCAAAAUUACUUUAUGUCAUUUAGGAUCAAUUGAUACAAUUACAAUGAGGAACCAUACUGAUAAAUAUUUCCCAAAAUGGUUGAUUGAUUAUGUAACUAUGAAUGCUGAAGAAACCGCAAAAAUCAUCUUACAAAGUGGAUUAAAUGGGCAAAAUGAAUUGGUAUCCUAG